GGGCAGUGCUGGCUCUGGAGAUGGCCAGCAACGCUCGGCACGGCCUAGGGGAGCUGCUGCGUGGGUGUCAGUGUGUGUGUGUGACGGGGAGCAGCAACGUGUGUGUGACUGUGUGUGUGCUGCAUUGUGUGUCUGCACAGGUGUGUGUGCGACAGUGAGCGGCAACGUGUGUGUGACUGUGUGUGCUGCAUUGUGUGUCUGCACAGGUGUCAGGGUAUGUGUGUGUGUCAGUGAGCGGCAGCGUGUGUGUGAUUGUGUGUGUGACGGGAAGCGGCAGCGUGUGUGUGACUGUGUGUGUGACGGGGAGCGGCAGUGUGUGUAUGACUGUGUGUGUGCUGCAUUGUGUGUUUGUACAGGUGUCCAUGUGUGUGUGACAGUGAGCGGCAACGUGCGCGUGACUGUGUGUGUGACUGAGCGGCGGCGUGUGUGUGACUGUGUGUGCUGCAUUGUAUGUCUGCACAGGUAUCAGGGUAUGUGUGUGUGUCAGUGAGCAGCAGCGUGUGUGUGACUAUGUGUGCUGAAUUGUGUGUUUGUACAGGUGUGUGUGUGACAGUGAGCGGCAACGUGUGUGUGACUGUGUGUGUGACAGUGAGUGGCAGCAUGUGUAUGACUGUGUGUGCUGCAUUGUGUGUCUGCACAGGUGUCAGGGUAUGUGUGUGUGUCAGUGAGCGGCAGCGUGUGUGUGACUGUGUGUGUGACGGGGAGCGGCAGUGUGUGUGUGACUGUGUGUGCUGCAUUGUGUGUCUGCACAGGUGUGUCUGUGACUGUGUGUGCUGCAUUGUGUGUUUGUACCAGUGUCCGUGAGUGUGUGUGUGACAGUGAGCGGCAACGUGUGCGUGACUGUGUGUGUGACUGAGCGGCGGCGUGUGUGUGACUGUGUGUGCUGCAUUGUAUGUCUGCACAGGUAUCAGGGUAUGUGUGUGUGUCAGUGAGCAGCAGCGUGUGUGUGACUAUGUGUGCUGAAUUGUGUGUUUGUACAGGUGUGUGUGUGACAGUGAGUGGCAGCAUGUGUAUGACUGUGUGUGCUGCAUUGUGUGUCUGCACAGGUGUCAGGGUAUGUGUGUGUGUCAGUGAGCGGCAGCGUGUGUGUGACUGUGUGUGUGACGGGGAGCGGCAGUGUGUGUGUGACUGUGUGUGCUGCAUUGUGUGUCUGCACAGGUGUGUCUGUGACUGUGUGUGCUGCAUUGUGUGUUUGUACCAGUGUCCGUGAGUGUGUGUGUGACAGUGAGCGACAAUGUGUGUGUGACUGUGUGUGUGACAGUGAGCGGCAGCGUGUGUGUCUGUGUGUGCUGAAUUGUGUGUCUGCACAGGUGUCAGGGUAUGUGUGUGUGUGACGGGGAGCAGCAGCGUGUGUGUGCUGCAUUGUGUGUCUGCACAGGUGUCAGUGACUGUGUGUGUGACAGGGAGCAGCAGAUGAGUGUCAGUGUGUGGCAGUGAGUGUGUCAGGAGUGAAAACUGGCCUCUCCAUCGAAUUCUCGUUUUGACUCUCAGGGUCUCUGGGGACGUGGCUGCCCGGUGGGCCCAGCCCCCCAUGUUCCGCUCGCGGCGGGCCAGCCUGGUGCGGCGGCUCUGGAGGCAUCGCUGUGCCGGCCCCGGCCCCGAGGAUGGGCACGGCGCCCUCAAACCCGCCGCUCACGCCCUCUUCAAGAAGCUGAAGGACGAGGAGCUGGAGCUGCUGGUGCAGGCGGUGGAGAGCCGGGGAGCCGGGCCGUCGGGCUGCGUCUGGGUGGCCCGGGCAGAGCCGCGUGGCACCAAGCAGGCCCUACCCCCUCAGGUGCUGCUCUGCCGGCUCUACCGCUGGCCCGACCUCCGGCACCCCCAUGAGCUCAAGCGCCUGAGCUGCUGCCAGAGCUUCGGGGUCUGGGGGGGCUGCGGCGAGGGGGCCACACUCUGCUGCAACCCCCACCACCUCAGCCGGCUCGCCAUGCCCGAGACACCGCCACCCCCUUAUUCCAAAAUCUCCCCCUUCAGCUGCCCCUGGGCAGAGGUGUCGGAGCGCCCCAACUCCAGCCACCUGGAGUCUGGUUGCAACGCCCACGGAGACUGGCGAGACCCCGGCCUGGCAUGGAGCACCACCAGGGACGGCUGCUGGUGCAAACUGGCCUAUUGGGAGCACCGGACACGGGUGGGCCGUCUCUACGCCGUGCACGAAACCUCCGUCAACAUCUUCUGCGAGCUGCCGCAGGGGAGCGGCUUCUCCUUGGGCCAGCUGCAGGCCGAGAGGCGCAGCGCGGCCGUACGCCGGGCCCGAAGCAAGAUUGGCCGUGGGCUGCUGCUGAGCCGGGAGCGGGACGGGGUGUGGACCUACAACCGCAGCGAGCACCCCAUCUUCGUCAGCUCUCCCACGCUGGGGCCCCCCAGCGCCCGCGGCCCGCCCGUGCACAAGGUGCUGCCCGGUUACUCCCUGCAGGUCUUUGACUAUGAGCGUGCGGGUGGCCAGGCCGGCUGGCGGAGGCCGGGCGAUGGGCCCUGCGACCCCAACAGCAUCCGCAUUAGCUUCGCCAAGGGCUGGGGCCCCUGCUACUCGCGGCAGUUCAUCACCGCCUGCCCCUGCUGGCUGGAGAUCCUGCUCACCAAGCCCCGCUGAGCCGGGGCCCAGCCCAGCCCAGCCGCUCCCGCUGCGGCCACGGGUCCUGCCAGCCGACUGGAGUGGGGGAGCGUCCUCGGGCCCCCACCGCUGAGGCCUGGCCCAGCAGCCUCUGCCCCUCUGCCUAGAAACCCUAUUGCAGCCUCCUUCCGCCCGACCCAAUCAUGGGCCUCUGGGCCUCUCCAGCCAUCCCCAGCCCGGGCGCUACGGCCCUGGUCAGCCCCUGUCUGCCCCACUCCCGCUGGCCUGCCCCCCAGCUUCCUCCUCCACACCUCUUCCCCUUAUCUCUAGCCCCCAAUCCCCGUCCCUCUGGCAAUCCCACCCCCCUGCCCUCCCCCAGCCCCACCCCAU